CACUAUCCCUUAACCCCGUGACGUUUCACUCAGAGGUCAAGGAAUAGGAGAUAGGGUUACAAUUUAGGAGCUAAUUUUUUGGAUUAUUGGAACGCAACCCCGGUUAGACCAGACGUUAGGAGCUGAUUCUUGGAUUAUCCGACCGUAACCCGAGAUAAGAAGAAGAAUACGCUUUCCGAUUGUUGAUACCGGAAGUGAAAUACAUUCAUAUCCGGUGCUAACUAAUGCUAAGAACAGAGAAAGAUAGCUUAAUUCUUCUUUAAAGCGUAUAUCACAACCAUUUCGGUCACCACGAAUGGCAUCUCAGAUCCCCAUCACCGUCCGGGCUCCUCCGGCCGCCGCCAGCCCGGCCGCCCCGCGGGGGAAGAAGCGUCCCGUGAGCCCGGCGGCUGGUUCCGCUCAGCCGGUCCCCGGGAGCAGCAAGAAGAAGAAAGGGCAGCUGACAGCCACACCAGCGGCGACACAGACACAGAUAACAGCAGCAGAGUCGGUAGCGGAGGUGAAGGCAGUGGGAACAGUUGAAAUCGCUCCAAAUGUUCUCUCUGAGUCAACAGCGAAGCCUCCACCGUUCAAAGACCCCGCCUUCGUGCAUUCUGGGAUUGGUGGAGCAGCAGCGGGUAAAAAGAACCGGACCUGGAAAAAUCUCAAACAGAUUCUGGCGUUGGAGCGGACUUUACCCUGGAAGUUUGAUGAUCCCAACUACUACAGCAUUGAGGCCCCUCCCUCCUUGAAGCCAACCAAGAAAUACUCUGACAUAUCUGGACUCCCUGCAAACUACACAGACCCUCAGACAAAGCUCCGCUUCACGUCCUCUGAGGAGUUCUCCUACAUCCGCCUCCUCCCCACUGAUGUAGUGACCGGAUACCUGGCCCUUCGAAAGGCAACAUGCAUCGUCCCCUGACAGCCGAGCAAGGCUUGAAGAGUGAAAGACAUUUUAAACCCGAGCUGAACUCAUGUUUGUGUUUGUGCUGUUGGGCCUGCAAGGAACCAAUGAGAGUGCUGUCUCCACAGAGAGGACACAGAGAAGGGAACUUCUUAAAAGAACAGCUGGUGCCGCCAAACAUUUGCACAGCUGUUUUAGGAAAGGCUUUAAGUUAUUAUUCAGAGUUACUGUGUGACAAAUAAAUGCAACAAAUAGUAUACUU